AUGGACGAGAAUUCAGCUCUUAUAGCACAACUUCUCAUGGAAGACGAAAUAGAAAUGAGAAACCGUAACGGUAACGCUAGCGGUAGCGAUUACGUUAAGGAUCAGAAAGACGGCGGAUGGCAAACAGUUACGUAUUCAAAACGGAACAAGAAACAGCAAAUCUCGAAACUCUCGCACGCGCCGGAGAAUUCUUCCUCCGAUCACCGGCGAUCUAACGGCGUUGGCGGCGCGGAAGUUGAUGUGUUUCGGUCGAUUGAGCAGCAUUCGGAGGAUCGGGUUCGGAGGAUUGCGGAGGAGCGGCGGAGGAGAGAGGAGGUGGAGAGUGGCGAGAGAGAUGGAUCGAAGCGGCAUUCUGAUGAGGAUGAUGGCGAGAGUGACGAUGGAGGUCGUGGUGGAGAUGGUGGAGCUGGAGAGCAAGUGAAGAAGGUGAAGAAACCUAAGGUGAAGAAACCAAAAGUGACGGUGGCGGAGGCGGCUGCGAAGAUCGAUGCCGGUGAUCUAGGCGCUUUUCUUGUUGACAUCACAGCGUCGUAUGAGACACAGCAGGAUAUACUGUUAAUGAGAUUUGCUGAUUACUUUGGAAGAGCAUUUUCAUCAGUGAGUUCAGCUCAAUUUCCUUGGUUAAAAAUCUUCAAGGAAUCCCCUGUUACCAAAUUGGUUGACAUCCCUCUUGCGCACAUCUCUCAAGAUGUUUACAAGACGGCAGUUGAUUGGCUUGGCCAGCGAUCUCUUGAAGCACUUGGGUCCUUUGUGUUAUGGUCAUUGGAUAGCAUUUUUGCUGACUUUGCAAGUCAUCAAGGAGUUGCGAAGGGAUCCAAAAAGGUGGUCCAGCAAUCACCAGCUAAGUCUCAGGUUGCUAUAUUUGUGGUUUUGGCAAUGACAUUAAGACGCAAACCUGAUGUGCUGAUCAAUUUAUUGCCAGUAAUUAGUGAAAAUCCAAAAUAUCAAGGACAAGACAAGCUUCCAGUCACUGUAUGGAUGAUUGCUCAGGCGUCUCAAGGAGAUUUGGUUGUGGGAUUGUACACUUGGAUUCGUGUUCUCUUCCCCAUGCUGAGUGGGAAAUCAAGCAGUAAUCCUCAAUCUAGAGACUUGAUCUUGCAGUUGGUUGAGAGAAUCUUAUCAUCCCCUAAAGCUCGUACAAUUUUAUUAAAUGGUGCUGUUAAAAAGGGUGAGCGCUUGGUGCCACCUUCGGCUCUUGAACUUUUGAUGAGAGUCACCUUCCCUGCUUCUUCAGCUAGAGUUAAGGCAACCGAGAGGUUUGAAGCUGUUUAUCCAACAUUAAAGGAGGUCGCUCUUGCUGGUUCCUCUGGAAGCAAAGCAAUGAAGCAAGUUACGCAGCAGAUAUUGAACGUUGCAGUCAAAGCCAUUGGAGAAGGUAGCUCUGAUCUAUCAAGGGAAGCAAGUGACAUUUUUAUUUGGUGUUUGACACAGAACCCUGAUUGUUACAAACAAUGGGACAUGUUUUAUCUGGAUAAUCUCGAAGCAAGUGUCACUGUUUUGAGAAAGUUGUCUGAUGAAUGGAAGGACCACUCGGUCAAACAUUCUUCUCUAGACACUGUGAGGCAAACUCUAAAGAGUUUCAGGCAGAAGAAUGAGAAAGAAUUGGCAGAGGCAGAAAAUGCAGGCGACCAUGCAUCCUUGAAAGAAGCAGACAAGUGCUGCAAGGCAAUUCUGAGACGAUUUUCACGAGGUCAUGGAUGCAUAAGAAGCUUGUUUAUCGUGUCUGCUGCUCUUGCUGCAGGAGCUGUUAUCAUGUCCCAGAAGGAAUACUGGGACUUGCAAAAACUCUCAGCAAUGCUCAACCUACCAAUUUCAUAA